AUGGCGGAAGGUUUGCGACAUGUCGUCCACCGCCGGGUGCACCUGGAGCGUUCCCAGCCUCAGGCGCGCCGGGCGCGUGUCGGCCAAUUCCUGGAGAAGAAGCGCGACUACAAGCAGCGUGCCGAGCGCUUCCAUGUUAUGGAACGUCGGAUUCGUGACCUUGCUGCGAAGGCCAGAUUCCGCAAUGAGGACGAGUUCAACUUCAAGAUGGUCCACGGGAAGCUCGGCGACGACGGAGUGGUGGUGCUCCCGUCGUCGUCAUCGGUGGCGGUCCGCAAGCUGGACAAGAAGGGCCAGUUCCGCCGCAGCCUCGAGGAGCUCGACCAGAACCGUUUUGUGCUGCGCCACCGUUCUACUGUGAAAGGCAAACGCGCGCAGGCGGCAGUGACAGAGAACGCAACGCUGCUCAUGGACGGCGGUAAACACGUCACGUUCGACGACAGCUCGGAUUCCGACGAGGGUGAUGAUGGAGAGUCAGGCUCUGCCGCCGUUAGCGACACGAGAGGAGAUUCGUCCGAUUCUGAGCAAUUAUCGGAUGCUAGCGAAGGAUCCGACAGUGACAGCACACCUGCGCCCAAAACCAAACGCGGGAAGUCAUCUAAAGCUGGCUCAAAGGCGGAUGCUUCGACGGCUUCACGGAGGUCCCGUGCCACUAAGCGCGUGCGGGAGCACUUGAUCGCAGUGAGUGAGACCAUUGAAGCCAAACGUGCGGACGACGAGCUACGCCAGCGCCUGGACGCGGAGCGCGAAUUGCGCGUGGCCGUGCACAAGAAACGUCAGGUGCGUCGGGCUCGUGGCAGCAACGUGCACGUGUUUCCGUUUGAGAGACAGAAAUGA